AUGCUGCUGCUGGUGCUGAUAUCAGGCAAUGCUGCUGCUGGUGCUGAUAUCAGGCAAACGGCCGAACGUGCCUAUGGAUCGCCAGCGGCCUCCAAGUCCUCUAACGAACAGGCCACCCAAGAGACCGCUACUCCGGAUGUCCGCCCUUCCGUCGAAGUUCGAAUGAGUAUCUCGAUGGACACCGACUUGAAUCUCCACAAGCACACCCGCCCGGUUGGUAUAGGUACCUCUACUGGUGCUGGUUCUUGUACACGUCCUGGGACUUGUUUAUGUGUUGAUGACCACGGAGAGGGAUAUCUGACCGCUACGGGACAAACGUCUUUCAGAGAGGGGAGUGUCUCUACUCCUGCCUCUGGGCAUUUAAACGGUUUGGGUACUUCGCACGAGAGAAGAAAGGGAAAGGAGGCGAUGACUGAUGAGGCCUGCCAACGUGGAGGUUCAGAACAAGCCAGAGGGUCGUCAAACUCGAACAACAAGACAACUACGAUCCAAACAACAACUACGUUCCACACAACAACUUGGUUACCUGCUAAGCCCAAGCAGAUUGUCAACGCUUCACGGAAGCCCAAGGGCAAGCUCGCGGAUACCGCUACAACUGUUCAGCUGUUCAACGUCUUUGGUUCCCAGGGCAUCCCUCUCGACAAGAUUGCAAGUACGACGGCCCGUUUCGAGCCCAGCCCUACCCCGACCAAGAUCAUCCAGGAGGCCUUGAACCAUUCAUACCAACAACGUCCACCACAGCAAUGCGGUGGCGCCGGGCAGCUACGUGGUGGUGAAACUAGAGUUCUGGAGCUGUAUGGAGUCAAUUUUUCAGAUGUGGCUGAAUGGGAUCAGUGCCGCUGA